AAUCAGUGUUCAUAUUUCUUAAUGACAGGUCGCUUCAGUCAACGUUUUAUCUUUUUGAAUUCACUAGCCAAGGGGACAUCCUUCCUUGUUUUCUUCAAACCACACUGCUUCAAAGAAACAACACUAGAAAAGGUAGACGAAUCUUUAUUGGCUAAGAACGAACAAGAAAUUUACUUAGUUUUUGUCACCAGUUUAAUGCUACCUCUCUUUUGUCACCCAAUUUAUGAACUUCGAUGCAAACAAAUUACUAUCCUUAGAAUUAUCCGACUGUUUCCUGCCUAUUUAACCUCCAUCGAUCUUCAUUGUUCAAUUCCCCCGCCAUCACCUUAAACUGAUCAAACCCAUAUGGGUUCGGUUUCGACUGCUUCCGCGUCCCCGUCUCGGCCCCCUGCAGGAAACCCAUCGGCUAAUUUCAAGAUCUGUGUUUCCUAUUGCGGCAAAGAUGCUUCACAAGGCACCACCCUCUCUAAUUGGAUUGAUUGUUACAACCCACAAGACAACUCAUGGAACAGAGUCACUACAAUCCCUGGCCUUCUGGAAAACCACGCUCUUAAGGGAUUUUCAAUGGUUUCAAUCGGAGAAUUCAUAUACGUCAUUGGCGGUCGCCUCUGCGAGAAUAUAGCACCGGUCGACAACCAAAUCCGAAGCGAAUUGGAAGUUCGGCGACAGGUUUGGCGUUACAACGUGUGUGAGAAUAAAUGGUAUAAAUGUGCACCCCUCAUCGUCCCUCGGUUCGACUUUGCCUGCGCUGUCAUCAACGACAAGAUUUACGUCGCUGGAGGGAAAUGCCAGCUCUGCACAGCUACUGGAAUGGCGUCUUCAGAAGUCUACGAUCCAGCACUGGAUGAGUGGCAAUCGCUACCAGAUAUGAGUACUUCCAGACAUAAGUGUGUCGGGGUGACAUGGCAGGGAAAAUUUCACGUCAUCGGCGGAUUCGCCGGUAACAAUGAUUACAUCGGCAAUAUGGAGAGAAGUUCUGCUGAAGUGUACGACGGCGAAGAAUCCCGUUGGAAUUUGAUAAUUGGAAUGUGGCAGCUGGACAUUCCACCGUAUCAGAUCGUCGCCGUCGAUGAUAAGUUGUUCAGCUCCGGCGAUUGCUUAAAUUCAUGGAAGGGACAGAUUGAAGCAUAUGAUUGGAAUUUGAAUAUUUGGAAUGAGGUGGAAGGAUCUCAAUUCGAGGCUCUGUCAGCAACGAAAUUCGUCACGAUGGCGCCAGCUGGAGCUGACUUGUACUUCCUUGCAGGACGUAAGAUGCCAAAUCAUCCUUCUAGGAUGACGUCGGUUGUCCACGUGUUUGAUACGUCUGCAAAUGGUGACGCAUGGAGGAGUAUGGAGCCCAUUGAAGAGGAGGGCGAAAAGGAGCUUUGCAGCCAUUGCUGCGUGGUAGUUAUAAAAUAA